AUGCAGGGUGGCGCGAGCACCUGGGAUGAGAAAGGGGGGAUAUGUGUUCGGCUUGCGAGAUACCAAAGGGUGUUGCAUGUUGUGUGGGCGGCUCUGGGCGUGUCGAUUCAACGCAUUGUGUCAUGGCCGGGUGGCGUACGCCGGCUCACGUUCUUGGAGGGCUUCAACCAAGACCUACGGUGGGUUUUAUGGCCAGAGGGACUGCGCGAGCUGACCUUUCGAGAGGGGUUCAACCACCCUAUAGAGGAUGUAGUCUUUCCAAAGGGCCUGGAGAGACUAUCCCUUGGUGCGGAUUUCAACCAGGAUAUUCAAAAUGCAUCGUUCCCUCCUGCACUAACGUUCUUGUCCCUGGGGGCGUCUUUCAACCAUCCUCUCGAGGGAGCUGAGCUGCCGAAGUCCCUACAAAGGCUUGUGUGGGGACAGUUAUUCGACCAGCCGUUUGAAAGGGUUCGCUGGCCGCCGGCGUUGCAGAGCAUCGCCUUCGGUGACGCGUUCAAUAACCCCGUCGAGCAGGCUGAGUUUCCGGCACGAGUGCAGUCCCUUCAGCUUGGAAAAGCAUUCGAUCAGCAAGUUGAACGAGUGGCGUGGCCUCAACGCCUAGAGAGCCUGUCAUUCGGACAUGACUUCAACCACCCGGUGGCGGGGAUGUCAUGGCCGGAGGGCGUGAAAGAGGUCUCCUUUGGGUACAGCUUUGACAAACCGCUGUCGGGAGUGAGGUGGCCGCCUCACCUUGAGAGCGUCAUUUUCGGCUUCCGCUUCAACAAGUCCCUCGACAACGUCACGUGGCCCGCGCUCUGCCGCUCCAUUCAUCUCGGAGAGUCCUUCAACCUUCCUCUGCACGGCAUAAGUUGGCCGCAAGGGAUGCUCGAGUUGGACCUGGGGGACGACUUCAACCACCCCUUGGAAGGCAUUACUCUGCCAGCGGGGCUGGAACGGCUCUACCUCUCGGUGUUCUUCAACCAACCUGUGGUCGCGGUUAAGUGGCCCGAAGGACUGCUCGAGCUGGAUUUCGGGCUGAAUUUCAACAUGCCAAUCGAGGGCACGUCGUUUCCCCGGGGAUUGCAGUCGGUGUGCUUCGGCCGGUGCUUCAAUCAGGACGUCACCCGCGUUUCGUGGCCGGAGGAAUUGACUCGGAUCGCCUUCGGACGAGCGUUCGUCGGGGCCCUCGAGGGAGACUCCUGGCCACCCCCGAAGCUGGAAGUAUUGGACCUGGGCAGCAAGUUCCACGCGAAGCAUCGAAUUGACGAGUCCAACCUUCGGCAAGGGUGUCAGGUGUUCUACCUCUAUGUUCCCGGCAGCGACUACUAAGUCGCUGUCGUCGUUGUUGUGACCCCUGCUAUGUGGUCAUGGUUGUUGCAGUUGUUGGUUCUUGUUGUUUGUUAUCUCGCUCUGGUUCUUGUUUUUCUUGUUGUUGCAGUGGUUGUUGUCGCUGCUGCCGUUGUUCAGAGAGUCCUAUUUGUAUGCAUCUCGCCUCGGGCAGGGCGGACUUUCGCAUGCAGACAAACCAAGCACGUAAAGCGAUAGCACAUGGUAGCUUUCGUUUUUUCAGAAGCACCGCACAUAGCAUCAACCUCGUGAAAAGCACAGCGUGAGGCUUAUACUUGUUCUGAAAGGGGGUACGGGCACCAGGAGGUUUUCUUCAAGUGUGAGACGGCGACCUACGGACAGGGGAUGUCUACUUGAGGCUAUCGAUCUCUGACAGGCGGUUUGCACGGGCGAACAGGCAGACAAGGAAAGUGCCUCGAGGUACAGUAGUAGGCGUGCUCACAGCUGAAGCCGAAAGAGACAGCAAUACAACAGAAUAUUACAAGUAUACUCUCUGGUACAUAGAGCUGAGCUAGUCGAUUUUUAACAGGAGAGUUGGCAACGAUUGUAAGGACGCCGAAGCUAAUUUUAAGUACUGGGCCGAAAGACACGAUACUUCAAAGUGCCCCGUGCUCUUUGUAUUACGCAAAAAAUUGUUGACACAAAUGUCCCCGAAUACUUCUGGGUGGCAUGUAGGGAAUGGACCGCCCUUUCAGAGAAAAAAAUUAUGGGAACUGGUAUAGCCUACGCAACUGUGAGUGUAUGUGCUUCUUUUUGUUGUCGUGGGGGACGGGGGUCGGACGGAAUGCCAACUGCAGGACGAGAAUAGGGUUAUUCCAAGCUUAUCGGCUUACAGGUGUUGCAGCCGCAACGGGGCUCGGUAUUAUGCCUCUACCUGCUUCAGACGUUUCGUUGAAUAGGAUUGGCGCCCUUGAGGUGGUGGUAGGUACCGGCGGAUUAGACAGGCAAAGAAAUGAGCACCACCAAGUGUGUAUCUGCUGUGCGUGCCGACGAUUGGGAACGACGGCGAGUGAGGCGGUUUUCCGACGGACAUGGUCUCUUAUACCGAUUGCGUGUAUUGAGUGGUUACAUGGUGGGGUGUGCGAGUGCCAACUACAUACAUGACAAUGUUGAAGUUGGUAGGGGGCGAAUUGGUCCGCUGCUUUGGCAGAAGCAUUCUAAGAACAAGGGAGUGGACAGUCGGGGUAUUGUGGGGCGUUUAUCUGGGGCCCACAGUACGAAUGCCUUAUUGCAGUUACCACGGCGAUAAAUAUCCCGCAAAUGGCUUGAAUUAAAUGACCCGAGUGUAACGCAGGAGCCCUCUCGAGGAAAGACCAGUGAAGUGGUGUGGUUUGCAGGCCAAGGGCGCUCCACAUCCACGAUUGUUAUUUCAGCCUCUAAAAAUUUGCCCCAUGUCUCCCCUGUUUAGUCAAAGUAUUUCGCGAAGGUAUGCAUGUAGAAGAUAUUUCGCAACUACUUCGUAUGUAGUGAAAAACGUAUUCGGAUAUAGAAUCAGUGUCGUUGAAUUUUCUCAGAACACGUUUGUCUUGAUUGGCAAUAAGAUUACAUCCGUCUCUGUGCGUGGGUGCAAGCUUCAAAUGCGAGGAACUUCUGCUUGUGUUGAUGGCUUGCGGUUGCCUGCUAUUUGGAGUUCGCCCAAAUGAAUGACCCUCAAAGAGGAGCCACAUGAGAAGAUACGUGCUCGGUCGUGGUUACUGCUGCUGUCGCCAAAUCAAACAACAACAAAAUAUGGAAAUUUACCGAGGGCAGUCCCUUUGAAAGCAAUACUGGCCGAAAAUUACAACAUACAACAAAUAAUUGUCGAUUUCUGCCUCUUCUUGGUGGUCGUCAAGAGGUAGAACAGGUCUAUUGCUGUCUUGCCUAUGAGGCCACCCCGGUCCGGAGAACUGCAGGAAAAAAACGAUGGACUUCAGUUUGGAUUCCAAACAGUCUCGGCUCUCCUACCCACGCCCGCACACGGACAACUGACACUGGGAGAGAACAGAAUGAAUGGGCGUACCGGAUCACGAUGUUCUGCCUUGAAACUACCCACGCCGCCGGUGCCACCGCGUAGCGGUACACGUCCGUGUGAUUCUUUUUGUUCGUGGCCACCCGAGGAUGCGAGCGAAAGAGACAUCUGACAAAGAGAAAUAUCUUAACGCCAAGAACGCAUACAUGUCCCGCGACUGAAAAUAAUGCAAGAAUGAUAUCGUACAUGCCUGACCGCUCCAGAAUACGUUGCUCGUUUUUCUUAGUUGUUUUCCGGGGGGCCUGAAGCAACGGCAAACAAGCCGGUCCUUUGGCUAGGGGAAAGGAGCUGGUUGGUAUAAUUCAGCACAAGGCUCCGGUUGAAGACGACCACGCCGACGGCGGCGGCGGCGACGGCGUCAACAAUAUAUUACGACAACGAUGACGACGACGACAAUGUCCAUGAUGACGA